UGUCUCUUUUCUCCUGCAGAACCGUGUCUGUGCAAUGCCAGAUCGCAAAUAACAAGGCCACCAUGGACAGUGAAAGUCCUCGCCUGUAGUCCGUUGAUGGCAAGAGCAGGUUGCUGUUACACAGCUUCACGCCAUAUGGUGCUUUUGGUCCGACUGUGGCAGAAAUGGACCUGAAAUCGAUGCUCAAUGACUCCUCGUCGCAACGACAACCGCCUCGACUUCACACUCCUCAGUCCUCCUACGACCAAGCUGCCGUCCACACCCCAGCUUACGACCCUCUCGAGCGAGCAUCCUCCCAUCCUCAACCCUUUCCAUCUUCCGACUACAAGUCCUCGGCCAAUGGCUCCUAUUUUGCCGUGCAGUCCCCCCACCAGCAGAACUCGGCCUCCGCGUCAACUCCUAGCCUGACAGGUCAAUCGAUAUAUGCGCAAAGUCCUGGACCAUAUGGACAGAUACACACACCACGUGAAGGGGUCGCGCCUUCCCAACCAUACCAACAGUCACCAUUCGUCCCUUCACCAUCAUCAUCCGGGCCUUACCCUCCCACACCUGGAUCCGCUCACCGCCAUCAAACACCAUCUUCUGCCACCGCGCAACAUCACCCUGGUCUUCACACCGCUUUCGCUCAUCAAUCGCCGCGAGAUGACCUGAACUCGAACGGCACCCCGCGUGUAAACCCGCAGACGCUGUCACCUCAGGCUCAAUUCCACCCUCCGCCUGCCACACCCUUGGGACCACCAGUCUCCUAUCCACGACCAUCACCGCAUCCACACCGACCUAUUUCCCAAGGCCACGAGAGCUACAGAAGGUCAUCGGUCGGGUCUGUAGGGUCCACGCAAAGCAGGGAUUUCACUCAAGCGCCCUACGCGCACGGGGACCUUUCCAGAAGCGGAAGCAUACAAAGAACAUACUCGGGGGAUGUCAGGGAGCGCGAACGAAGCAUCGAGAGCGUGAGUCCCAAGACGAUUCCAAGAGCGACUCCCCAACGUCAAUCGAGCUCAGUGAGAUAUCAAGAAUCAAUGUCAGAAAGUUCUCAGGGCGCACAGCCUGCGUAUGACAUGGGCGCAAUCACACAGCCCCAAGGGACGCCCGACAGAGCCAUUGAUGCUCAACACCACGAGGCGGCAGCUAGGUCUGUUUCUACACCGGCUGAUACGAGGGCUAUGCCUCAAUACCAGGGCGCAGGACCUCCCAACAGUAUGACUCCUCAAUCGACCCAUUCUUCUCUGCCAGCGCAAUCGAGCCCUCCAAUUACUGCACAGCCGGCUCUGAAACGAAGUGCGAGUCACAUCUCGAGUGUUGCCUCGACGCCGCAACCACGCAAGCGACCUCGGCGGGACGAGAUUCCGCUUUUUGCGCAAAGCGCCAGAAGUAGGCCGUUGAAAUUCAUCAAGGCUCCACCCGUGCUUGCACCUCCGCGAAGUGAACCUGUCAUCAAGACCGAGCCGCAGAUGCCCAAUGGUCAAGUUCAACUUCAUGUGACGCCUGUAACCAGCACGCCGCCCGUCGAGGGUCCUUGGGAACCGUCAAUCACGAAUGUCACACCAUUUGAGGAUCUGACCCGGAGGAUGUGCGAUUGGAUCUACUCGGUGAUUGGUGAGGCAUCACCUCCUCCAGGUGGAGCAAUGUUUGAGAUCGAGGCCAAGCUCGGCUGCAUAUUUGAUGAGCAUGCAAGUCAUCGCUUGGCUCUACCCGUGGAAACGGAGACAUGGUUCAAUCGGGACAAAUAUCGAGGAAAGACUAGUUUCCAGAGUUCGAUGAACAUGAUCCAGCAUGAGCUGUUGAACAAAUUUCUCAACAAUUUGGUCGAAGAAUCUGUGCGUGAGUCAGGUCGAACUGUAAUAGGGUACAACCAUCCUCACGAAUACGACGAGUUUUAUGAGCUUACCGAGGAAGGAAGACGGAAUUUGGCGCCGUGGAUUGUGACCUGGCUCAAUCCAAGACACAAGCCUCGUGUGAGGAGAACCGUCGAUGAGGAGACAGGGCAAGUAAAGGCGCAGAUUAUCAAGACUCGGAUUUCGGACGUCGAUAUCUAUAAUCCUCGCGCAGACUUCGAUUACAGAGUAUCAAUCUCGAUCGAAAGUCCCUGGGAAGGGGAUCCACAUUGGCUGACAGAAAUGACGGAAGGUGGGCGCGAUCGACAGAAAGAUCGUAUGAGCUACAGACAUAUGGCAUAUCAAAUUGACCUAACCCAGGUCACUUAUCCGAACAGAGUGGAAAAAGAGCACGAGUUGGAAAUUGAGAUCAGCACGGAACAGAUCCGUGUUCAGCUGGCAAACGCGCGGGAGGGUCGACCCAGCAGGUACGAGGAGUUGGUGAAGAGUUUCCUUGAUAAUGUGAGGAUAUUAUGUCGACAAGGGUCGGUCAAAAGAUGAGGCCGUUUCGAGGAGAAAUUGCUGCAAUCGUAAAGGAUGAGAUGGUGUGCUUGAAGGAAUUGAUUUCUUGCGUUUAAGUAUGGGAGCUCUUGACAUACACCCGCUGAUACCCUUGUAAUAUUAUUAUUUUCAAGUGUACGGAGUUCCGAG